AUGAUGAACUCAACAUCCACUGUUUUAUUAUUAUUUAGUUUUAUUAUUACUUUGUUAAUAUGUAACAUAUGUUGCGAAUCAAUGCAACGAUCAAUUGUAAGCAUGGAAAUGGAAAAGGAAGGCAUGCAUAGAAAACUGAAGUAUAACGUGCAAUUUGCUGAUUCAAUUGUUAAUAUGAAUUGCGAGUAUGCGCUCUUGCAAUCGCUGCCGGCUGCUGUUUUCAUAAGCACCGACGAACUGGACGAUCUGCAGCGCUUGAAAAUGCUUAAUGCCAUAUACCCAAAGUUUGUAGACAUUGAAGCAAUCACAGAAAAGGCGACACCAUUCACAGUAUUGCUACGAGGAACGGCGAACACAGAGGAGACUAUUACAUUGCCCAUACACUUUCGCUAUCAUGCCGCCAGCGAUAAACUCACUGCAGUCACUGUGGAAAUCAACACACCGCAGCUUUAUCUCAACUGCCCAAUUGACGAUAACCAUAAGCCCAUUGACACCGAAUUGCCAAUCAAAACAGAUAAGCUGCAUUGCCUGAAUAGAAGCCAAUGUAAUCUUGAAGUGCACGAAGUCGACUCGCAGUCGCCAGAAGACUGCAAUUGGCUGCAAGUUACGGCUGUGGACUAUCAGCUUAAGGAGCCGCUUAAGGCAGAGAUUCCCGUGGGCAAUGCCAAGGGUUUUACGCCCAUUCUCUAUGUCACGAUAAUACUCAGCUGGGUCAUAUCCAUUUGGACUGUGCUGGACACACAGACGGUGCCGCGACGCAUCCACAGAAGUGUGAAUGAACUACAUCAAAAGGUUAAGGUUAAAUGACAUCUCAAAGUAUCUUCACGCUUGACUCAGAACCCACAUUCAUAUCUGUAUUCAUUAUCUUGGCUCGUGCGACAGAUAAACCCGGUAAACAUUUUACUAGACACGAACAAUAAAUGCCUCAAAGCGGUGAUUUCAAGGACUACAUGCUAUAAUCAGUUUCUAUGAAAUGAUAAUGUUUUGCGAUCUGUUAAGAUUGUGAAGCGUGCAGUACAUUUAAUACGAUAUAAAUCACUUAACACUCGCUAUAAAAUUAUUAUGCAUAAAAUA